CGGGCCGUGGGGUGCUGCCCGGGGAGUAGCGCGCGGGGACUUCUCGAGCGGCGGGGUGGGUGGUGCGUGCGUCCCGUCCCGGGUCCUGUCUCCCCGCCUCCUGAUGCUUUGUUACCGACUCUCCGGGGGCUUUGGACACUGAUCGCGCCGGCGUUGUGGUGCCCUGGCAGUGUUGAGCGCAGUUCUGCCAGUGCCUUGUCUCUUAGUAACAAACCUCUAAUCACCAAAACCCUACGAGAGAAAAAAAGUCGACAAGUGCCACCAAAGAAGUCUUUGCAGCCAUGUGGACUUUCCUGGGCAUUGCCACUUUCACCUAUUUUUAUAAGAAGUGCGGGGACUUCGUGAGCCUGGCCGUCAAGGAGCUCGUGCUGUGCGUGCUGGUAUUCCUGUCGCUGGGCCUGGUGCUGUCUUACCGCUGUCGCCACCGCAGCGGGGGCUUCCUCGGCCGCCCCCAGAGCGGCUCCCAGGCCGCCGUCUUCUCCGACAUUCUGUCGGGUCUGCCCGUCAUCGGCUUCUUCUGGGCCAAGUCACCCUCUGGGUCAGAAGAGAAAAAGCAGCUGGAGUCCCGGAGGCACAGAAAAGGAAUGCGUAUUCCUGAAACAACCUUAGUAGGAGCAACUACCUCUGCAUCAACAGCUUCUCUGAACGAUCCAGAAAUUAUCAUCGUGGGAUCUGGUGUACUCGGCUCUGCUCUGGCAGCAGUGCUUUCCAGAGAUGGAAGAAAGGUGACAGUCAUUGAGAGAGAUUUAAAAGAGCCUGACAGAAUAGUUGGAGAAUUUCUGCAGCCUGGUGGUUGUUGUGUUCUUAAGGACCUGGGUCUCGGAGAUGCUGUAGAAGGUAUCGAUGCCCAGUGUUUGAAUGGCUACAUACUUCACGACCGGGAAGAGAAGUCAGAGGUUCACAUUACAUUCCCCCUGUCAGAAGACAGUGGGGUGCAGGGAGGGAGAGCUUUUCAUCAUGGAAAAUUUGUCAUGAAUCUCCGGAAAGCAGCCAUGGCAGAACCCAAUGCACAGUUCAUUGAAGGUGUUGUGCUGCAGUUACUCGAGGAAGAAGAUGCUGUAAUUGGAGUUAAAUACAAGGAUAAAGAGACUGGAGAUGUCAAGGAACUCCAUGCUCCGUUGACUGUUGUAGCAGAUGGGAUUUUCUCCAAGUUCAGGAAAAACUUGAUUUCCACUGAAGCUUCUGUUUCAUCUCACUUUGUUGGCUUCCUCAUGAAGAAUGCACCCCAGUUUGAACCCAAUUAUGCCGAACUUCUUUUACUUAAUCCAAGCCCAGUUCUCGUCUACCAAAUUUCACACAAUGAAACUCGAGUACUUGUUGACAUUCGUGGAGAGAAGCCAAGGAAUUUAAGAGAAUAUAUGGCUGAACAGAUUUACCCACAAGUACCUGAUCACCUGAAGGAACCAUUCCUAGAAGCCUCUCAGAAUUCUCCUUUGAGGUCGAUGCCGGCAACCUUCCUUCCUUCUUCACCUGUAAACAAACGAGGCGUGCUGCUGCUGGGAGAUGCGUAUAACGUGCGGCACCCUCUCACUGGCGGAGGAAUGACUGUUGCUCUAAAAGACGUAAAGCUGUGGAGGAAGCUGCUGAAGGGCAUCCCUGAUCUGUACGAUGAUGCAGCUCUUUUGCAGGCUAAAAGAUCAUUCUAUUGGUCCAGAAAAAGUUCUCAUUCUUUUGUGGUGAAUAUCCUUGCCCAGGCUCUUUAUGAACUAUUCUCUGGUAGAGAUGAUUCCUUACAUCAACUAAGGAGAGCCUGUUUUCUUUAUUUCAAACUUGGUGGACAGUGUGUUUCUGGUCCCGUUGGACUGCUUUCUGUGUUGUCUCCAAACCCUCUAGUUUUAAUUGGACACUUCUUUGCUGUGGCAGCCUAUGCCAUGUAUUUUUGCUUUAAAACAGAACCUUGGAUUACAAAACCACGAGCCUUCCUCAGUAGUGGUGCUAUAGUUUACAAAGCGUGUUCAGUCAUCUUUCCGCUCAUUUACUCAGAAAUGAAAUACGUGGCUCAUGAAGCUUAAAGGGAACCACUUGAACUCACCAAGUCCUGCAAGACUUUUCCGAAGAGUGAAAGUGUACCCAGCGUAGUACUUUGCUAUACUACUUCUAAAGGGGAAACUCUUGGACCAAGAUUGGGAUUGCUUUGUUUGUGAAGUUUUUUUGUACAUAAGCAUGUAAAUAUAUGCCUUAACUUGCAAUUUACAAUGAAGGGUAAAAAUAGGCUAGAUAUUUAAAAGAAAUGAUUGUGACCAAAAGUUUGUGCUAACCUGAGGAACUGCGUUUUUCUUUCGAUUUCAGUAUUUGGGACAAGUCUUGGGGUAUCCAAAUAAAAUGGUGGACCGUG